AUGGAAUUGAAACACAGACACGUCAAACCUUCAAACCAGGAUGCGAACGAUGUAAACACCAGACCGGACAGGGCACUGUCCAAUGAAUUGAAGGACAUUGCGCCAGAAAAAGUCCCAUCGGUCAACGGCGUGAAGUUUGCGCCGUUGUCGAGACCCCUACACAGACGGUUAGAAACAGCUGCUGUGCUAUGGCACACAGUCUCGAUUCCGGUAUUCAUCACGAUGUUCUUUGUACUAUUGGCCAUCCCGAUAUUUUGGAUCUUCAUGGUGCCCUACAUCAUAUACUGGAUCAUGGACAAAUCGUCGUCUAAUGGAAGCGUUGUGUCGAGAUACUCCGAUAGGAUGAGAAACUUGGAGAUUUGGCAGCAUUUCUGUAAUUUCUUCCCCUUGACCCUAUACAAAACCGCUGAUAUCCAGCCAACGUGGACAGAGGAGGAAGUGACGGAUGAGUAUCACACGUUUCUGUGGUUUAGAUGGAAGAGAAAGCCGUAUAAAAAGCUGGUGGCUACUGGUCCACAGUACAUCUUUGCUUUGCACCCUCAUGGCGUGGUGUCAAUAUCAGGGUUUGGCGGUAUUGGCACUAACGGUGCUGGUUGGAACGUUCUGUUCCCAGGAAUCAAGCCGUGUAUGCUUACGCUGAUAAACCAAUUCUAUGUUCCCUUUUACAGAGACUAUCUUAUGUCCAUGGGGAUAACGUCUUCAAGCAGAAAGAAUGCACUGAGGAUCCUAGAACAACACUACUCUGUAGGGAUUGUUGUCGGUGGUGCACAGGAAUCCCUGCUUGCAAGACCUGGGUCCAAUGAUAUAGUCUUGGCCAAGAGAAAGGGAUUCAUCAAGUUGGCAUUGGAAACGGGGAAUACGGGGGUGGUGCCCUGUUAUUGCUUUGGAGAGAACGACCUGUACAACGUGGUGAAUCCAGGCGAGGAGUCUUGGGGCAGAUCGCUGCAAUUUUGGCUGAAGAGAAACUUUGGCUUCACAAUCCCAUUCUUCCACGCGAGAGGAAUAUUUAACUACGAUUUUGGAUUGCUACCAUGGAGAAGAAGGGUGACAAUAGUUGUUGGAAAACCAAUAAUGUUACCACAUUCACCAAAUCCAAAUAAAGUAUUGGUUGAUCAUUAUCAUAAGCUCUACGUUGAAGCCCUGGAGAAAUUGUUUGAUGAACAUAAAGGUGAGUUCUUGGAGAACGGAUCCGAAAAACAGCUGAAUAUUGUCGAAUGA